CCCCGCCCUCCUUUUCUCACUGUCACAAGUGCUCCAGGAAGUGGCCGGUGUCUUGUAACUGUCGCUACGGCCUCCUUUGCGUUCUCAACAUGGCGACCAGCCAGCAGUGGGUCCUGGUGGAGAUGGUACAGGCGUUUUACGAGGCUCCGGCGUAUCACUUAAUACUGGAAGGUAUUUUGAUCUUGUGGAUCAUCCGAUUAAUAUUCUCCAAGACUUAUAAACUGCAGGAGCGCUCAGACCUCACAGAAAAGGAGAAAGAAGAAUUGAUCGAUGAAUGGCAUCCAGAACCUCUUGUUCCGCCUGUCUCCAAAGAUCACCCAGCACUCAACUAUAACAUUGUGUCUGGCCCUCCCAGUCACAAGAUUGUUGUUAAUGGAACAGAAUGUGUUAAUUUUGCUUCCUUCAAUUUCCUUGGUCUUCUUGAUAAUGAAAGAGUGAAGAGUGCGGCACUAGCCUCGCUAAGGAAGUAUGGAGUUGGAACUUGUGGCCCAAGAGGGUUUUACGGUACAUUUGAUGUCCAUUUGGAGUUGGAAGACAGGUUGGCCAAGUUUAUGAGGACAGAAGAAGCAAUCAUUUACUCCUAUGGAUUUGCCACCAUUGCAAGUGCCAUCCCAGCUUACUCCAAAAGAGGGGACAUUUUAUUUGUGGAUGAAGCGGCAUGCUUUGCUAUUCAGAAAGGAUUGCAGGCUUCCCGAAGCAACAUCAAGUACUUCAAACACAAUGAUAUGGAUGAUUUGGAAAGGUUAUUAAAGGAACAGGAGCUUGAAGACCAGAAGAAUCCUCGUAAGGCCAGAGUGACGCGAAAAUUUAUAGUUACCGAAGGAUUGUAUAUGAACACUGGUGAUAUCUGCCCUCUUCCUGAACUGAUUAAAUUGAAGUACAAGUACAAAGUGAGAAUAUUCUUGGAGGAGAGCCUCUCGUUUGGCGUUCUCGGUGAACAUGGCCGUGGAGUCACAGAGCAUUUUGGAAUGAAUAUUGAUGAUAUUGAUCUGAUCAGUGCUAAUAUGGAGAAUUCUUUGGCUUCGAUUGGAGGAUUCUGCUGCGGGCGAUCAUUUGUAAUUGAUCACCAGAGAUUAUCUGGUCAGGGUUACUGUUUCUCUGCCUCUCUACCCCCUCUGUUGGCGUCUGCUGCUAUUGAAGGUCUCAAUAUCAUGGAGGAGAAUUCUGAUAUUUUUUGUGUUUUGAGGGAAAAAUGUGAACGAAUUCAUAAAUCUUUGCAGGGAGUCAUCGGUUUAAAAGUCGUGGGUGAAUGCUUCUCUCCUGCGUUUCAUCUACAACUGAGGAACAGCACUGGAUACCGUGAAAAAGAUACCAAAUUACUGCAAGAUAUCGUAGAUCACUGUAUGAGUAGGAAAAUAGCACUAACGCAAGCUCGUUAUCUGGAGAAAGAAGAGAAAUAUCUGCCACCACCAAGCAUAAGGGUGGUAGUGACCGUGGAGCAAACCGAUGAGGAACUAGACGCGGCCUCCUCUGUGAUCAAGCAAGCUGCUUCUUUGAUUCUGAAUUAGAAUUCAUUUUCAAAA